UCGCGCCAACUUAGUCAUUCAGCUGUGAGAACCGGACGCUCCGCACACAACGAGAGCUCCCAAGACCCGAAGGAAGAAAAACAUAUAAAUAAAUAAUAUAUUGAAAAUAUAAACUCGUUGUUUUGUUUGCCAUCGAGGCGACAAAAAAUAAGCCAAGAAAUCGACGAGUGUCUCUGAUGAUAAGUUCAGCGAGGAUACGACAAUAAUAACCAAUACACCAUGGCAGCCAAAGUGAUUUACAUGACCCUGGCCUUGCUGCUCGUCGCCGCGCAAUUGGGCACGGGCAAAUCGGUGGACAAUAAAUUACGGCUGAAACGCCAAGAGCCAGCGGCGGCGGCCGAUCAAGCAGCAGACACCACGACGGCAACGGCCGACGAAGAAACGACCACCUUGGUUGCUCCCACCACCACCGACUUGCCGGAUUCGGAAUCCGCCGAUUCGACUACCCUCAAGCCCGACGAUCAGGACCCGAUCACCGUCCGACCCUUGGCCAAAGAGGACAGCAAGUCGAGCAAACAGAAGCCGAAGAAACCGAUUUCCGAUCGCAUCGGUGCCGACAACGGCGCCACGGCGUCUCCCGUUGCGGGCAAAGCUUUCAGCGAAGGCGGCUCGAAUUUCGCGGCUUCCGCAGCCAGCUCGAGCUCCGGGCCCCAGGGUGGACACGUGUUCGCCGCCACUUAUCCGGGACCCGACGGAAAACCAGUCGUGCAGAGCAGUAGUUGGCCGGGCCCUGGUGGCGCCGCCGUCAACGCCAUCGGCAACGGACCCAAUAACGCAGCCUCGGCGUCGGCCUCCACCGGUGGUCAAAAGCCUCUAGCGGGUGGAAAGCCCCUCGUACCCAACUUUAACGGUGGCGUCAACGGCAACAGCGCCAGUGCAUCGGCCGGUGGUUUCGGCUCGCGAAUAAACACCGCUAGCAGCAGCAGCGGCGGCAAUGGCAACGGAAAUGGCGUCAAAGUUCAGACCUCGCCGAACGGCGUGUCGGUCAGUAGCAGCGCCAGUGCCGGAGGUGACAACGGUGUCAACAGUAUCGGCAUUCGUGGCUCGUUCGGCGGCGACGGAGAUUCCGUCGGUAUCGAAGUCAACGGAGAACCAGUAACAGUUCCUAACAAAGGUCAAGGCCCUCCAGGUGCCAUUCCUCUACCAGCUCCCGCAGCUUAUCCAGGGGCAGGUGGCAACAGCAAUGCCUUCGCCGGUGCCAGUGCCGGAGCCAGUGCCGGAGCCGGUGGCAUCGCAGGUGGGCAAGGCCCGAGAUUCCCCCCUCAAGGAGCCUACAACGGACCUAAUCCAGCUGACCUUUUGAGCCAAUACUUUGCCGCCCUUCAAGCUCAGCAGUUGGCUUUCCAAAGACAAUUGCAGGCACAAAUUGCCGCUCAGCAAAAUGCUAACAGAGGUGCAUCGGGUGGUGGUGGCGGCGUUGGUGGUUCCUACGCCACCGGUGGGGCUAUCAUAACCAACUCCCAGGGACAAGUCGAUCCGCAAGCUCGCGUCUACGUGAGCACACGGAGCUCGCCGGAUUCGGCGUCGUCGGCGACGUCGAUCUCAGGCGGCAACGGCGGAGGAUCGGCUUGGAGCAGCGCCUCGCUUUUUCCUCAUCAAUCUCCUUCUCCUGCGUUCGCCAACAAUAACAAUAUCAAUAGCAUAUUUAACGGUAUUUGGGGAAUGAGCCCCGUGCAAGUAGACAGCUAUAACGUCGCCCCUCCCGCCUACGACUAUUACUCGAGCAACUAUCCUUACGUCGGCGUUCCCGACUAUUCUAGCUACUCGUUCGCGCCGCCGAUGAGCUUCGGCCCUGGGGGCUUCGGUAGCGCUGGACAGUUUCCCGCGGGCUACCCGGGCUUCGGAAUGCCGCCUCCUGGAUUUCCCGCGGGAUUUCCGUCCAUCGGGGGUGGAGCUAAUUCGGCCACGGCCUCGGCGAGCAUAGGCCCGGGUGGUGGCUAUCAGCAGGCCGCAGUGAAUCCACCGAAUCCUAACUUCGAAUCGAGAUUCGGCGAAGCCAUUCCAGCCAGCCCGGGCGGCGGCUCUUACGGCGUCUUCAGCAGCUCGAGCUCCAGUUCCGGCGUCGGGCCCGACGGCAAACCCGUCAAUCACAAGCAGGCCACCGUAGCCGUCAACAACAACGGCAAAGUCAGCGUUCACACCGUCGGCGAUCAGUAGAAGCUUCGAAGCUAGCUCUUCUUCUCUUAUAAGAUAAUUAUUUAUGAAAAAAAGAAAAAAACGAGGUCUGAUCUCGUUGACCAAAAAAAAAAAGAAAAAAAAUGAUAGAACUACGAUGACAAUUAUGAGAUUACAACAACUUCUUUAUGCUGCACUACCGAUGCUGAUUUUCACUGGUGAUCUGGUAGAGUUCGUAGAUUCGGAAAUAUCCGGGUUGUCAGUUCGUCUACCGAAGAUUUUAUUGCCAUGAACUGUCGAUAGAGAGAGAAAAAAGAAGAAGAAAACUCGUUUUAGUACGUAGUAAUCGUAUGCUUUUGGAGGGUAUUUCCGCGAAUUCAGAAAGAUCAUGUUUGAUCUGUUUGAUGAAUUUUUUUACGCGCGAGAGAUAAUAAAAUCCGCGAACUAGGCAAGCAUCGAUAUUAUAAAGCAGUGUCGAUACAUCUUAAUAUAUAGUAUUUUUGAAAAAUCGUGAUCGAGUCCGUGUGAGUGUCAAUAUUUUUGUACGCGUGAAUGAUGAUUAUUUAAACUACUUCAUAGUAAUACUAUUGUACAAAAUGAUAGUAAAAAAGAUUAAAAAAAAAAAGUUUAUAGCUUUAACUUUGAAAAUGUUUUUUUUAAAUAAAAUUGUACGUAAUAAAUUGUACGUAAUAAAAACGAAUAAUCGAAAGGAUGUCAACCUUA